CGAAAAAUAUUUCAUGUAACUUUCUUAAAUCGCAACAAGUUCCUCUUUGACGUUAAAUUAUUGACGGCUUGUUUUUGUGUCAAUUUUGUUCGACCACUGUGUCUGUACGUUUCACCUUUGGAGAGGUGGUGGGGUACAUGCUCUAUAAUUUUUUUUUUUUGUCUACAUGCGCAUGCCCCCAUUUGGUGAAGUACUUCCCUGGAAAAUAUGAAUGGCCCUAUUUUGAAAAUCUUCCUUUUCGCGGUGCUUUGCCAAUGCGCAGUGUUGAUCUCAAAGGGAGGGGGAGGUCCAUCCUUUGCAAGGGGAAAGACUCACCAGUCUGGUGACUUGAAUAUAGACCUGCGUACGAUGACAAAAAGCAAAAAGCGUUUAGGUUACAGUUAAAAGGAGAGACGGGAGUUUUGGAUACCCCAUUAAUUAUUCUCCAGCCAACGGAGGAUGUCCCGCCAGGCGAAUUAUAUAACAAAUAUUUGGAUGAAGUAGAUGACCCCUCAAACAUUUCUGUGACGGACGUUUUACGUAACUUAGUGGACUCCUUCGAACCGAUAGAGCAGAAGAGGUUCUUAGAUAGGUUUUUAGAUGAAGUCGACGCGCAUGUAAAAUUUUAUGAAAGUUUUUCCACCGAGUGAAAUUUGCGGUAGCGUUAGGGGAAGCGACAAAGGAGGAGUUCCUUUUUUUUUUCUUCUUUUUAUCCCCUUUGCAGAAAAUGUUUGCACAGCAAUGCGGCAAUAAGUGUGAAAAUGUGGGGGGAAUGAAUCUCCCACCGUUGUUCCUACCACUAUCACCCCCUACCAACAUUGCUCUUCCCCCCGU